AUGCCAGCCGGCCCAUCUUGGUCGUGCCAGGAUGAAUAUCUCCACGACAGCUGGGGAAUCGAUGAGAGGGAUAUACCGUUCGAGGGGGAAGAGUAUCCUGAGUGGGAUGCGGUAUUGGAAAGAUUCUCUAUGAUGAAGCUUACAAACAAAUCAGACCGGCUAAUGGCCCUGCAAGGGAUCGCCACCGUAUUGCAAGAGCGGAAUAGAGACACCUACAAUAGGGGUGUCUUCUUAUCAGAACUCGCUUCCCACCUCCUUUGGAUGAGUUGUGACAUCGCAGAAGAGUCAGAAGACUUGAGUGACGUACCCUCGUGGUCGUGGGCGUCAAAGGGAGUCAAGAAAUGGUUCUGGUGCAUUACGAUGCGCAACCUGCGAACCGAUAUUGACCAGGCAGAAGUUCACAUCGACGAUCAAGGAUGCUUCAGACUGCAGGCCAACGUUAUGAAGUGCACGGCGCACAAGACUGCCCCCGACAUCAAUAGCUUCCACUGUCCAAAGACUCACAUCCUAUUCCUUGUUCUGAACAGGGGAGUGGACGACCCGCAGGCUGUCGUCCGUCUAGAAGGAACCUCUCCGGAGUGCACUGGCGUCGCAGUGUUUGACCGACAGCGAUUUGAUCACAUCUACUGCCUUUUUCUGGCCUCAACUACCUGGGAGGAUGUCGCCUAUCUCUCAGAGCAUGUAUAG